CAUCGUUAUGUUUGGAGGGAAAAGGGGGAGGCUUGCAACCCGAAGAACACCAUCCCAACCGUGAAGCAUGGGGGUGGCAGCAUCAUGUUGUGUGGGUGCUUUGCUGCAGGAGGGACUCGUGCACGUCACAAAAUGGAUGGCAUCAUGAGGAAAGAAAACUCCACUAUGGACAAGAGCAACACGGUGAAGCUCUUUGUGGGCAACCUGGCUCUAGACACCACCCAGGAGGAGCUAUCAGCCAUCUUUGAGGCGUACGGCCAGGUGGUCAGUUGCAGUGUUCUCCGACAGUUCGCCUUCGUACACCUACAGGGUGAGGGGGCUGCGGAGCGGGCCAUCAGGGAGCUGAACGGCAGGGAGUUCCGGGGGAGGAACCUGGUGGUGGAGGAGUCCCGGGGCAGACCGCUCCACUCCACCAAGGUGUUUGUGGGGAACCUGUCGGGCAUGUGCACCACCGAGGACCUCCAGGAGCUCUUCCAGACCUUUGGUAAAGUGCUGGAGUGCGACAAAGUCAAAGCCAGGCUCUCCUCUUCUGCAGGCUACGCCUUCGUGCACAUGGAGAACAAGGAGGAGGCUCUUCAGGCCAUCGAGGCCCUCCACGGCACCUCCUUCAAGGGACGCCCGCUCUCCGUGGAGCUCUCCAAGGUGCAGCCCUCCAAGCAGACCCCGACGGGGAAGAUCCCCUGUGUGAGCUGUGGGAAGCAGGGCCACUAUGCCGGGGAGUGCCCUGUAGGGAAGUCCUCUCUGGAACAGUACCAGAGCCAGGCAGCUGUGUUAGCUGCAGCCGCCGCCGCCGCAGCCGGCCUGCCCCUCCAGGUCCAGCAAAGCGUCCACAACUCUGUCUACAACACCUCGACCUUUGACCCCACCUACGCGGCGUUGACGGGCCUCACCACCGGCACUCGGGCGGAAGGAAACCCCGUCAACCAGGCGGUGUAUGGUGCCCUGGCGACGCAGGUCUACGGCGCUAACGUGGCCAAUCAGCUCUAUGGGGUACAGGCAGCCAAUCAGGCGGCAGCGUUGACGCAGGCGGGCGCCACGCAGGUGUACGCCAGCUCCAUGAACCCCAGCCACGCCGCUCUCUACGGUCAGCUCAGUCAGAUUGCCGCCAGCCCCGCUGCAGCAUCCGCUGCUGCCGCCUACUCCACGCCAGUUUACGCGCAUGCCAUGGCUAACCACCACCACCCCGGGGCCAUCUACCUUGCUGCACCUGGCGUAGAGAUGCCUGCGGCCGCCGCGGCAGUCAACCAGGCCUACGCCAUGGCGCCGGCGCUCUAUGGGGGCGCCCAGCAUGCCUACGGCCACUUGGGGAUGGGUGCCGCCAUGAGCGCAUCGGCGGACCCGUCGGCGGCCAUCUUUGAAGCGGCGAGGGUUCAGCACUACUUCGCCCAGGGACAGCAGGUUCUGGCCGAGCAGCAGAACGUGGCGGCAGUGGCUGCGGCACAAGCGGCAAAGUCUGGAGAGCGGGACCGGAGUCCCCUGAGGCGCUCUGCGGGGUCCCUGCUGCCCGAUCCCGUCAUGAAGCCCUUCAUGUACCAGAGAGCCCCUAAGCAACGCCGGCCGCUGCUCCCCACCCCCGCCGGGCGAGCUGCAGAGGAAGCAGCGGAGGCUGGAGAGGACCCCAUGGCUAGAGAGCAGUGCCAACAGUACGCUGAAUACAACCACCAACAGUACCAGCAGCUCCAGCACUUACAAGAGCAGUACCAACAGUAUGCUGAGUACUACCACCAGCAGCACCAACAGCACCAGCAGCUCCAGCAGCUACAGUACUAUGCAGAGUACUACCAGCAGUACCAGCAGUAUCAGCAACUCCAGCAGUACCAGCAACUCCAACAGUACCAGCAACUCCAACAGCUCCAGUACGCCUACCCGCCUCCCAACCACCACGCCAUGGCUGCCAUCCCUGCCCACGCCAUGGCGGGCCACGCCCACCACCACGGCCAACCGGCCCACGUCACGGCGCUGGACGCCGCCCUCAGGCCAGUGGUGCCCGCCUCCGCCGUGGCCGCCGCCAUGGUGGCAGCGCCCAGAGUGUAUGAGCCGCCGCUGCCGCCGCCACCGAACCGCAAGGAGGCCGUCCUCCGCCGAGCCCCCCGAACUCUCCCUUCACACGCCUGAGCCCCCCUUCAGAUAGUCACCUCCCUCGUACCCCCCCUCUGUUUCCCCCCCCCGCCUACCACUGUAUACCACCCUCGUACCCCUCCUCACUCUCAGCGGCUGUGUGUGUCUGUGUAUAUGUGUGUGUGGGUAUAUGUGUGUGUACUGUGGCGGUGGGGAUUUGUGUGUGUGAGAGUGUGUUUGGAGUUUAGGAGUUGUCCUUUGACUACAGUAAAAACCCAACCCCAACUUGGUCCUGGUACCACACUAACAGUGCAGUUAAAGAAGGGGAGACAUUCUGUCAUCUUACCACCACACAAUGUUUAGCUAUUGACUUACUCAAUGGUAGACAGGUGCCAGUAGCAGACAGUCGAUGCCUUCAACAUAGAGAUCAAAAAUAUCACAACCGAUUCUUGUACUGUCUGCGCUGUGGUGUGUUGCUUAGCUCCAGGGUUGGAGGGGUCUGUGUGUCUUGUAUGCGUCGGGACUGUGGUGCGAGUGUGGGAGUGGGAGAGUGAUGUUGGCUUUCUGUUGUUACGAUGUAAUACACACACUCCCACACGUGCUGCCUUGUUCCCUCAUGAGCUCACCCCGGGGAGAUUCGAGGAACAUAGGCACACUGUACUAUAUGAAACUACCCUCUACCUCUCCAACCCCCUCCUUCCCCCUCACACCGCUGUAACCCCAACACUGAAAGACACUGCUGCAUUUCUGCCCUUAUUUACUCUGUCUAUACCUUAGCCUGGGUAAACCAAAUGAGAUGCCAGGAUCACCAUGGGAACAGUAGAAGGUUUAACAUUCAGUCUCUCUAUACCUACCUCUGACAAUGAGAGCACUGAGGUUAGCUGGUUAGAAUAUGAAUGGUCUGCCUUCUAUCCAUAUCAGCCAGUGUCAGUUGCAGGCUUGAAGGUCCAUUUCAAUCAAAUUCAGCUUCAUUUCAAAUGGAAUUGACCCCACCCCUGGUCAAUAGUUUGGAGAAGAAUGACACGUUUUAGGGACAACGUUUUCUAUGUACUGUACUACUAGAGUCUUACUGCAUCAGUGCAUCUUGAGAGGCCUUUUAAAGUAUGAAAUAUUUUAGUUUAGUUUUUUUGUAAUGUAACUGGUUGUCGGGUCGAUGAAGAGUACAUUCUAACCCCUCAGAUCAAGUAUGAAUUAUUUUAUGGAUUUAUAAGUAAGUUAACUUUUUAGACUUGCUAGAGAAUCAUGAGUGUCAAUGAGGUUUAAAGGAAAACUCCACCCAAAAACUAUAUUUUGGUGUUUGUUUCAUUAAUCCAUUUUCAACGAUAUGUCACUUUCAAAAUACAGGUCAUCCCUGUAUGAUCCAUUUAGCAUCAUAUGAUGCGGCGUUUUGAAAGUUACAUAUCUCGAUUGCUGACAAGCAAAACAUUUUGGGACUAUGUCAACAAUGGACUAAUGAAACAAACACCAACAUAUUGUUUUUGGGUGGGAAUUUCUCUUUAACGUUGUGCCUAAGCUUUGUGUGAAGUGCGUAUAGCGGAGGGAAGAUCUCCUUUUUAAAGGGCUUUUUCCCCCCUACAUGUCAGUCUCUUUAAUCUGCGAUGGAGGGAAAGGGGUUAGGAUAAUGUGGUGCGGUAAUGUUCACACCGAUGAUAUGGUGAUGAGAGAUGGAGCAGUAUCUUUCAGUCUCCCUGUUCCGACAUAUCCUUGCACCCCGCUGUAAGACGACUCACUACCCCCGUACUUCGCUGUGUCCUUCCUCUUCUCCCUGUGAUUUUAGUGAUUUACUAUUUUAUCUUGCAUAUAAUCUCUGUCUCACACACACACACACACACACACACCGAGUUUCAUCUGUGGGAUCUCGGCGAUCAGGAAAAAACCCCACCCUUUCUUGUUAUGCUUGUUGCUUGCCUUGUUUCUGACCGUAUUUUUAGAACUAUUUAAAAUAUUUCUUUUUUUUAACAAAAAGGAAAAAGGCAUGCUUUUUAAUAUGUAUACUACACAUACCCAGCAUUUAAACAAUAAAGAAUGUUUCUGACUACUGUGAGGAAGAGAAAAAUCUGCGUUUCGGAUGUAUCUCCCCGUUCUUGUUUUUCCGUCUUUUUCCGUCUUUUUUACUCCUUCCUGUCUCUCCUUCCUUGUUGUAAUGACCAGACACAUAUGACUGGGGACCAGGGUGGCAGAGACAAGGAGGAGUAGCGUCUGUGUGUGCCCCCCCCUAGUCUGCCUCGUGGAUGGGGUAAGUCUGGUCUGGGGUCAGCGCUCCUCUCCAGCCUCACCCAAACUCUAGGCCUAUAGCGCAGUGAGACAGACCCUGCGCUAUUCUACCUGAUCAUUAAUUGCACCCGCCUGGUGUCCCAGGUCUAAAUCAGGCUUUGACAUCCAGAGUUGAGUUUGAGGGUUCUAGGUCAUGUCUCUGCUAAUGAACAAGUGUAUACUUCAGGAGGAAAGAGACCUGGGACAUAACCCCUCGCAGGUACAUCAACAAGGCAUCUACUGUGUUACCAUGCUGUUACCAUGCGCUCAUGUCUGAAAACAGCUUCCGUCACCUCUGAUCUUUUUGAUUUCCACUUCGUGCCAAACUAGUGUCGAUUUCAUGUCAUUUUAAUUGCAGAUUCACUGUUGAGUAGAGUGGCGCGCAAUACUUGCUUGCAGAUGACUCCUUGUUUUAACAAUGGGUGGACAAACACAAACACCAGAGACCUGGGGAGAGGCACACAGAUAGAAUGAUUGUGGGGGGGGGGGGUGUCUGCUCCUACCCAACAACCUCACCACCAACACCAUGUGUCUGUCUCUGCUGUGUUGGAUGUGCAUGUCACUCUGCUCUCUGUCCAAAGCCCCGUACAUACUGACCUACUAUUCCAACUGAAAUAGGUACCGGCCGCCCAGACACCACCCAGCAGGUGUGAGGUGAGAGGGGGAAGACAAUAAACGUCGCGCAGGCAAAUGGGAAGUGGGAACUCAAUCUUCUCCACCAAGGUAAUGAAACAGCACUGUCCCCCUCUCUGACUGUGCCUUGACCGAAACACCCCUUCCCCCUCCUCGUCCGCCAUCACCCCCCCUGUAGCUCCCCUCUCACCUGCGUUGACAUUGCCCGGGGGGCUUCUUUUGGGGGUCACUGCUCACGCUGUGAUGUCUUCUACCAGACUUCCAGUGACUUGUCCUGUCUCUCACCAUGCAGCACCUACAGUGACUGGGCUGUCAGUCUCUCUGUUGUGCUGAUGUGUGUCUGAGAGAGACUGUGUGUGUGUGUGACUGACUGUGACUACAUGUUUGAGAGCCAGAGACCGUGUGUGUAGUUUAAAGAGUGAGUGAGUGUGUCACUGAAUCUCCGUGUCUGAGAGAGUGUGUGUGUGUGAUGUCGUUGGUGUUUUGAGGCUUGAUACAUGUGGAUCCCCCGCCCCCGUUAGUGACUCCUACACCGCCGUAUUCGCCGCCCCUCCCCCCAACCCAUCCCCCUCUGCGCCUGUCCGCCGUACACAGCUUGCUGCCGCCGCCGCCUGCCGCCAUCUUGGAUCUAGGCUGGGCUCUGUGGAUCAGCAGCCCCCGACUGGCCACACCCACCCCUGGUUAUGGCUGUAACCAUAGAGACCUAGUGAAUGACAAUGGACACCGUGUAUGGUGGCCUAGUGGGGUCACACGGCUGGACAGUAUAAACUCAUCAGAGACUUUGUAGGGCGAGAGUUUUUUUGCUUUGCUAAAACUGUGAUGCUGGGUUUGCCAUGGCUGUGUAUGGGAGUUUAAUCACUAUUCACCACCUCCUUGCAGUUGAAUGACUCAAGUCAAACUUAUCUAAUUAAAUCCGAUAAACUGACCUUGCUCUGGAGGAUAACAUUUGGAAUAGGUUUUUUAACAGCGAGUUCCCUAUGGCCCUCUCGCCCUAUCAAAAACGUCCUAUAAGACAGACCGGCCCAGUAAGGGCCCAACUACCUGCAGAUUCACUGUAAUCUCAGGACUCCUAUAGGACUUCUUUGGUAUGGGGACUAUUUCUCUCCUCGAGGUAGCUGCUGUCCCUACACCAACCCGCUGUACCUGUGGGUUGCAAUGCAUAUCUCUCAAUCUCCUCCUGUUGAGAUGAUUGAAUACACACACACCCACUCAUCUGAGCUGUCCGGCAUGUGGUCUGAACAGCUGAGUAGUGCGUUGCCGGUGGGGGGCAGAGAUGAGAGUCUCCACCUCUGUCUUAUGAAUGAAGUUAUAAGGAAAGGAUGGAUGGAAGGUGAGUUGGCAAUGUAGGGAUCUCCAGCUCUGAUCCAUCCCUGUUCCCUAACUCUUCUAUCCUGACCAUGGGGGGCCCUACACGAAAGUCAUAAACACUGGUGCUGCACAGAAUAAACUGAGUCGUCUACCACUGCACCAGAUGGUUUUUCAUGCGUUUUGGGGGGUAAUCGAUACAAAUCCUCCCUUAAGGUUCACCAAAAUACAACUGAUUCUUCGAUCUCCAUGAUCAGGAUGUGAUGCUCUUUCCCACACAGACACCUCUCACUCUGACCUGGAUGUGUGGAGUCUGACUUUCUCUGGUGUUUGAGUAAAUGUAGCCAGCCAAGAAGUUCUCCUGGUCUGCUCUCUUAUUGUCUCACACUGACUGACAACCUCAUGGCUGCUCCCUCUCUCUUCACAGCACAGGACAGGGAAGCCAUCAAUGCUGCCUUACACAUAGACACACACUCAAAGUAUACCAUGUCUCCAAUACCAAUCCCAUGGUUUUAAAUCCUCACGGAGUGAACGAGUGCACAUUUCAAAGGGAGGGGACAGAAUUGGAAUUGGGCCACAGUUUUGCGCCCUGGGUCGACACCCAAGUCUACUGUCGUUCACACUUAAUACCGUUGUUGCCCAAAUGCUACCUAGUCACAUCAAAUAUUAUAUUCUCACAAUCAAGAACUUACUUGUAACUAUGCUGUAACUAAGUUGACUUAAUUGAGAAUCUGGGCCCAGUCAAGUGCAGUUACAGUGUAAUGGUGUGUGAUUACAUGUGGUUAGGGAAGAAGUUAUAUAUAGACUUACAGUAUAAAGGCAGCUUGAUGUAGUGCUAGCUCGUAUUGUUAUCUAAUACCUAUGAUCUUACUCUGAGGCCUUUCAUUUCUCUUGGUGUUGGAGGAGACAUUUUUAGGGAGAAAGAGCAUCUUUGUACACCAAACUGGAUUGUUCUGGCGAUGUUUUGCAAUGGAUCGAUGUUGAGUCAUUGGAUACUUUAAGCACAUUUAUAGGAAAAACUCAAACAAAGAAUCAGCAUGCUUGACGGAGAUGAAGGGGGACAUUUCCACGGUGCAAAAUUGUUCACAUCUGUCAAAAGAAAAACCCGAAAACAUUAUAAUCUGGCAGUGUGAUUUUAAUUUGACAUUGUUCUUCAAUGUGCGUUAUAAGAAAGUGCAUAAACUAGUUUACUAUACUAAGCAAGGCAUGAACAGUGGCCUUUUUAUAACGCACAUUGCUGAAUAAGUGUCCAAUUAAAUCACACUUCCAGAUGAUGAGUUUUAAAGGAUUUUUGCACCAUGAAAAUGUUGCCCAUAAUGUAUUAUGACUAAUGAAUAACCCCAAUUGACUAUAAUGUAUACUCCCUUUCUCCUUGCCUUGCUUAUGUCUUGAGGCACUGUACCGUCUGCAUGGCAUUCCCAAAUAAAUGAGUUUUUGAAAUAAA